AUGGGCCUCUUCAAAAAGCACAGCGACGAGGGAGAGAAAAUUCCCCUGGGCAAAGCUAUCCGACAAUACCCCAAGAUUGUAGGAUAUUGCCUCGCUCUCACCAUCGUUGUUGUGGGAUGGGGUUACGACCUGGUCGUCGUCGGCUCUAUCACCGCCGUCGACUCCUUCCAAGAGGAUUAUGGCGAGCGGUACAAAGGCGACUUGAUUAUUCCGAGCCCGUGGCUAUCUCUGUGGCUUGCCGCCACGCCGCUGGGAAUGGCGAUAGGAUCUCUUUUCGCCGGGUGGUUUCAAGAUCGCGUCGGCCGCAAGAUGAGCCUCCUGCUUGGAAGCAUCAUCUCAGCAAUCGGUGCCGUUGUCAUCUUCGUCUCGUACUUACCGCCCAACAUGGAAACAAAACGAGUCUUGUUUUUUGUUGGCAAGGUGGUUCAAGGAUUUUCAGUCGGCAUCCUCAAAGUCACAGCCAUGACAUACAUAUCAGAGACGGCACCAGUCGCCCUGCGUGGAUCUACCAUGGCGCUAAUCCCGACCGGAAAUCUGACGGGGCAGCUCAUUGGAUCUAUUGUCAUUUACUUAGUAAAUGACAUAAAAGGAAGCUCCGGCUACUUGGGCGCCUUUGGAUCUCAAUUCAUCUUUGCCGUGGCCCCAUUUGCCUUGUCCAUCUUCAUGCCCGAGAGCCCAGCGUAUCUGGAAGAACAAGGCAAGACGGACAAGGCUAUCAAGGCGGCUCAGAGACUUUACGCACCUAAGGCUGAUCCUUUUCGGGCGUUGGAGAAGAUUCGAGAGAGCAUCGCAGAGGAAAAGGCUCUGGUCGCAGAAGCCAGUUUUAUUGCCUGCUUCAAGGGCACGCAUCGGAGGAGAACAUGGAUUGUCAUCAUGGCGAACCUCUUUCCAGCGAUGUUUGGUUUGGACCUUCUUGGAAAGUCCAGUUACUUUUUGCAAACAAUCGGCAUGGAGUCAAGCACCAGUCUCAUGAUUCUCAUCGGUGGUAUCGUGGCCGGUAUGAUUGCUAACGGGAUUGGUAUUUGGAUCAUGUCGCGGGCUGGUCGAAGGGUAACAACCAUUACCUCUUUAAUAGCUGCAACUGUCCUUUGGGGAGCAAUGGGCGUCUCUGGAUUCUGGAAGGGGUCGGACGUCGCCUACUUUACGGCUGGCUGCCUGAUCGCCAUCAUCGUGAUCUGCGGAAUGGGAUGCUGGCCCGCCGGCUAUGCCAUCAUGGGCGAGACAAGCUCGUUAAGGCUGCGAGCAAAGACGCAAGCAAUUGGAGGCGUGGCCCAGCAAGCCUCCUCUGUGCUCAUGAGCUUCGUUCUUCCAUACGUCUUUAACCCGGAUGCUGGAAACCUUGGGGCCAAGACCGGUUUUGUAUACCUUGGCUUGUGUUCAAUGGCAGUUGGAAUUUGCUGGGUUUUCCUUCCGGAGAUGAAAGGGAGGACUCUCAUGGAGAUUGAUCAGAUGUUCCAUCUUAGGUUGCCUGCGCGACAGUUUAAGAAAUGGCGGAAUGAGGCGGUUUGA